GAGAGAGCGAGAGAGGCAAUACGCAAGGCAGCAAACGGCAAGAGAGGACUCCAGUCUGCUGAAGCACAGCACUGCAUGCUUUCUUGAGAGGAGAGAGGCAGAGAACCACUAGGCUUCUCCUCCUCCAUCCGUGUGUGUGUGUGUGAGAGGCUGGUGGACACAGCAGCAGUGUUAGCAUUAGCAGGGGAUCUGUGCUCGAUCUUCCAAAAUGCUCAACAACCUCACUGAAUGCGAAGAGGGCGAUGGGGGACCCAACAGUCAGGGAGAUGCAACAUCCAAGGAGAGCAGCCCCUUUAUCAACAGCAGCACCAGUGACGUAGAGAAAAGCCAGCAGUAUGAUGGGAAAAACAUGGCUCUGUUCGAGGAGGAGAUGGACACUAGUCCUAUAGUGUCUUCUGUGCUGAGCAGCCUUGCCAACUACUCCAACCUGACGCAGGGCAGUAAAGAGCAUGAGGAGGCAGAAAACAAUGAGGAGGCGCGCAAGAAAACUGUGCAGGCUCCACGUAUGGGCACGAUAAUGGGCGUUUACCUGCCAUGUAUGCAGAACAUCCUGGGGGUGAUCCUUUUCCUCAGGAUGACCUGGCUAGUGGGCGUUGGAGGCGUCCUGGGAACCUUCGUCAUCGUCUUCAUGUGUUGCUCCACGACUAUGCUGACUGCGAUCUCAAUGAGUGCUAUUGCCACCAAUGGAGUUGUGCCAGCUGGAGGUUCAUACUACAUGAUUUCUCGUUCACUGGGGCCGGAGUUUGGCGGGGCCGUUGGUAUAUGUUUCUAUCUGGGGACCACUUUUGCAGGAGCCAUGUACAUCCUGGGAUGCAUCGAAAUCCUGCUGAUCUACAUUGUGCCAGCAGCUGCCGUAUUCAAGAUGGAGGGUCUGGAAGGAGCAGAGGCCGAGGCAGCGUUGUUGAAUAACAUGCGUGUGUACGGUACCAUCGUGCUCUCCUUGAUGUCUUUAGUUGUCUUUGUUGGUGUGAAGUACGUCAACAAGUUGGCCCUUGUGUUCCUCGCCUGCGUCAUUCUCUCCAUUCUCGCUGUCUACGCCGGGGUCAUCAAGACAGCUUUUGAUCCACCUGACUUUCCGGUGUGUGUGCUCGGGAACCGAACUCUUGUGUCGAAGAGCUUUGACAUUUGUGCCAAGACCAUAGAGAAGGGAAAUGGCACGGUCACCACCAAGCUUUGGAGAGCCUUCUGUGACUCAGAGUUCCUGAACGCCACCUGCGAUGAUUACUUCACCAACAACAACGUUAGCCAGAUCCAGGGAAUCCCUGGAGUCACCAGUGGCAUCCUGGCAGAAAACCUUUUCAGCAUGUUUGCUGAGAAAAAUACAUUUGUAGAGAAACGAGGUAUAGCUGCAGUACUCGACCCUGAGGCUCCACUAACCAACACUAACCGAUAUGUCCUCGCUGACAUCACCAGCUUCUUCACCCUGCUGGUUGGCAUCUACUUCCCCUCUGUCACAGGUAUCAUGGCUGGUUCCAACCGUUCUGGUGACCUGCAGGAUGCUCAGAAGUCCAUCCCUGUUGGGACCAUCCUGGCCAUCACAACCACCUCAAUCAUCUACAUGUCUAGUGUGAUUCUGUUCGGAGCCUGUGUUGACGGAGUCGUUUUGAGGGACAAAUUUGGGGAAGGCGUGAACGGUAACUUGGUUAUUGGCACCCUGGCAUGGCCUUCGCCCUGGGUCAUUGUGUUUGGCUCCUUCUUCUCCACCUGUGGGGCAGGGCUUCAGAGUUUGACAGGAGCGCCCCGCCUCCUUCAAGCUAUCUCCCGGGAUGGCAUCAUUCCUUUCCUCAGGGUGUUUGGCCAUGGCAAAGCUAACGGUGAACCUACAUGGGCUCUCCUCCUGACGGGCUGCAUCUGUGAGAUUGGCAUUAUCAUUGCCUCCCUGGAUUCGGUUGCACCCAUUCUGUCAAUGUUCUUUCUCAUGUGCUACAUGUUUGUAAACCUGGCCUGUGCGCUGCAGACUCUCCUCAGGACCCCGAACUGGAGGCCACGCUUUAAAUUCUACCACUGGGCUUUGUCACUCUUGGGCAUGAGCUUGUGUCUUACCCUGAUGUUCCUCUGCUCCUGGUACUACGCCAUCAUUGCCAUGGUGAUCGCCGGCUGCAUCUAUAAGUACAUCGAAUUCUGCGGGGCAGAGAAAGAGUGGGGCGAUGGGAUACGUGGCAUAUCUCUGAGUGCCGCCCGCUAUGCUCUGAUGAGGCUGGAGCAAGGUCCUCCUCACACUAAAAACUGGAGGCCCCAGAUUCUUGUUCUUAUGGGUUUGGAUGGAGAGCAGAACGUGGAGCAACCUCGACUGUUGUCGCUGACCAAUCAGCUGAAAGCAGGCAAAGGCUUGACCAUCGUAGGAGCGUGUGUGGAGGGCACCUACUUAAACAACCAACCACAAGCACAGAAAGCAGACCAAUCCCUAAGGAAGCUGAUGGAGAUUGAGAAGGUGAAGGGAUUCAGUCAGGUAGUGAUCUCCUCUAACCUGCGGGACGCCACCUCACAUCUGAUCCAAGCUGGAGGUCUAGGUGGCCUCCGCCACAAUGCAGUUCUGGUCAGCUUCCCCAAGAACUGGAAACAAGCUGAGGAGCACCACCGUUGCAGAAACUUCAUUGAGGUUGUUAGGGAGACUACCGCAGCUCAGUUGGCCUUGCUGGUGCCGAAGAACAUCUCUGCAUAUCCGUCAAAUGGAGAGCGUUUCACCGAGGGCUACAUUGACGUGUGGUGGAUUGUCCAUGAUGGAGGCAUGCUCAUGCUCCUUCCCUUUCUUCUGCGCCAGCACAAGGUGUGGAGGAAGUGCAAGAUGCGUAUCUUCACUGUGGCUCAAAUGGACGACAACAGCAUUCAGAUGAAGAAAGACCUGAUGACAUUCCUCUAUCACCUGCGCUUUGAUGCUGAGGUUGAGGUGGUUGAAAUGCAUGACAGCGACAUUUCAGCCUACACUUACGAAAAGACCCUGGUGAUGGAGCAGCGAUCGCAAAUCCUCAAGGAGAUGCAUCUUACCAAGAACGAGCGUGAGAGAGAGAUUCAGAGCAUCACAGAUGUGUCCCGUGGCUCUAUACGGCGAAAGAACCCUUCAAACCUGCACCCCCAGAGGAGCAUCGCUGAGGAGUCCGUGACAGGAGGUGGCGAAGAGAGACCCGAGGAGGAGUCUGUCCGUCUCUCCCGUCCUCGACAGGUUCAACUCAUUCAGGGCAAAAAUGCCACCCCCACCCCCACUAGCCCCACCUCCCCUACCGCUCCGACACCAGUGGCCAUGAGCCCCGGAGAGGAGGUGCAGAUGACCUGGACGGACGAAACGGAGAAGACCAAUAACCCAGCAGUGGCCAACCCUGAAAACAUAAAGGAUAUGUUCAACAUGAAACCGGAAUGGGAGAACCUGAAUCAGUCGAAUGUCAGGCGCAUGCACCACGCGCAGAGGCUCAAUGGGGUCAUUGUGAAGAAGUCGCAAGAGGCUAAACUAGUCCUGCUAAACAUGCCUGGACCACCGAGGAACCGCACCGGAGAAGAGAACUACAUGGAGUUCCUCGAGGUCCUGACUGAAGGUCUCAACAGAGUCCUGCUCGUGCGUGGAGGUGGACGUGAGGUCAUUACCAUCUACUCUUGAGGGGCUCAGCUCAACCACCAAAUAUUCCUCACCUCUCGUCCCUCACUGCAUAAACGGAACGUCCCAGUAACCCCUACCUACACCAUGAGCAAUAACGCCCCAGCACAUAUCAGAUGACUUUGCACUACAUAGUCUAAAAAGACACCAGCUUAGUAGAUGUCACUUCUUCCACGUUAUUAAGUUUUAUCCUUCAAUCAGUCACUCUAUCUUCCUCUUAUUGGCUUCAUUCUCACCUCAUAAAGUCAACAGCGUAGAUCACACACAGAUGAGUAAAUGAUUGAGUUGGUCUUUGUUACUAUAUUCUGACUCAUUUCCAAAAGCCCAUGUUCUCCAGUGACACCCGACCAAAUACUCUGAUCCAUCUAAACCUUAUCUAAUAUUAUAUGUCUUAACAAAACAUUUUUAAGGGACAGUCACACUAGAUUUUAAGCAUGCGAAACUUUAUUUUGGGUGGACCUAAAAAAACAGUCGAUUUUAAAUGUUGAAAGGGUUUUAGUGACCAUUACAAACCAUCCAGCUUCUUUUAAAGUGUGUCUUUCAUCUAAACUUGUGUUAGACUUCCAUUCAGAAGUUUGGGGUCGAUAAGAUUUCUUAAUGUUUUUGAAAGAAGUCUCUUAUGCUCACCAAGGCUUCAUUUAUUUGAUCAAAACAAUGAAAUAUGCUGAUUUGCUGCUUAUUAUUAUCGAUGUUGAAAACAGCUGUACUGCUUAAGAUUUAAAGUAUUCGUUGAUGAAUAGUUCAAAAUAACAGCAUUUAUUUUUGUAACAAUGUAAAGGUCUUUU